AUGUUCCGUGGCCUCGAUUCUGCCCCCGAGACUAUCAUUGAUCAUGAGGUCGAAAUUACUGCAGACAAUACAGUAUCUUGGGAUUAUCAGUUUGGUUUUGAACACUCCGUUGGGGCUGGCGGUUAUUCGUCUGAUCCAGCAUUCGGUCCAGCUUCUUCCAGCAAGAGUGCAGCGGCAUCGGUAUUUGAGUACAGGCAGGAGAAUGGAAGGACAUACCACGCCUACAAAGAGGGCAAAUACAAGCUCCCCAAUGAUGAGAGAGAGAACGACCGACUUGACCUACAGCACAAUCUUAUCCUUCUCACCUUCAAUGACAGGCUCGGUAACGCUCCGCCCAAUAACCCAGGCGCCAAGGUCGGAAGGGUCUUGGACGUCGGCGCCGGGACGGGUAUCUGGGCCAUCGACUUUGCCGACGAGCACCCAGAGAGCGAAGUCCUCGGCUUUGAUCUCUCGCCCAACUUCCCAGAGUACACGCCGCUCAACGUAAGAUUCGAGGUUGACGAUCUCGAGGAGCCUUGGAUAUACUCGCGGCCCUUCGACUACAUCCAUAGCCAGAUGAUGAACGGGUCUGUCAAUGAUUGGGACGUUUACGCCAAGAAGUGCUUUGACAACCUGAACCCGGGCGGCUGGGUCGAAAUGAACGAAUGCAACAUCAAGCCCGAAUGUGACGACGGUACCCUAAGAGAAGACUCCAUGCUUCUCCGGACCGCCAAACUGGUUCAGGAGGCAUCCGAAAAGUUUGGGCGGCCAGCCAAGGACAUGAAGGAGCUGAAGAAUGUCUUGAUCGACGCCGGUUUCGUGGACGUGAGGCUCAUGCAGUACAAGUGGCCCACCAACGACUGGCCGAGGGAGCAGAGAUACAAGGAAAUCGGCAUGUGGAGCCACGACAACGCGGUGUCCGGCUGGGAGGGGCUCUGCAUGACGAUGCUCACCAGGGCACACGGCUGGAAGGCCGCUGAAGUGAUUAUUGCCAUGGCGCAGUGCCGCAAGGAGCUCAAGGACAGGAGCAUUCACGCCUACUACCCUCUAUACUCGGUCUAUGGCAGGAAGCCUACGGAGGAAGAGUUGGCAUGA